UUUAUUUUAUUCCCGAUUUUUCUUUAACAUUUGCGUUUUGACUUUUGUAUUUAUUUUUAUGGUUCUGAUCACGGAAUUUCUCCCAUCCCAACCACAACAAUGUGAUUUUCCAUCGUUACUUUAUUCUUCGGAUUUCUUUUUGUUUCAUUCUUAACGCAAGACUCAACAUUAGCCUGGGUUUUGGCUCAAAGUAAAGACCAUUCCAAGAUUUUGAAAGUCAUUUUGCUGGAGUGAAAAUGGACUAAAUGCGGGGGCUGGAAUAACAGUUCCUUCCAGAAGGAGGCUGCUGCCGUCCCGUUCUCUUUAUGCCUAUCCUUAACACCAUUAUCGGUGCAUCUCAUUGACGGAAAAUGAAUCAUGCGGACCUGUACGUUACGCCUGCGUUGUUCUAUAUUGAGACGUUGAUCAAAGCUCUCAGUAAGAAGAACCACAAAGCGGUCAUCCAGGAACUGGCUACGGUUUGCGGCCAUCAGGGGCAUGCUGCGUAUCGUCAUCUUCUGCAGAGUCUUUUCUCUGGCCUUGAUUUAUCCGCGGAUCCUCAGACGAUUGCCAAAACCAAAGAUUUUCACCAGGCCCUGCCUGUUCAGGUUCUUGUGCAACAAGUCGCCACUCUACUUGAUCUUCCGCUCUUUCGGACAGUUUUGUAUUACUGUCUUGAACGACCAUUCGAUCUCCAACAGGAAUCACACUUCUUGAGCAAUCAGCAACUGAUUCCAUUAUGCGGACGUAUAUUCAAGUUUAACCGCGAGCAAGAAAAUCGAUUCUGCAUAUUGCUAAUCAAGUCCAACAUCCCCCACAUUCGUAAUCAGGCUGCAUCGCUAAUCAGGCAGAAAUUCGGCGACAUUCUGAAAUCGUACUGCGAUGCGGACGAACGCCUUCUACAGGAGACCGACAAGACCGUGUUUCAUGAACUGCUGCUGUUAUUAGAACCGGGACAGCGUGCAGACUUCGCGGAACGGGUCUCCGUCGAACAAGAGGAGGAAUUCCGGUCAACUUUAAAGAGAUUGUAUCCUCAUCCGCGGCAUAUUCCUUUGCAGCUGAAGCCGUUGUUACUGCACCACACGUAUGCCGAUGCCGAUCACGUUGAGUUGAACCGCAAUCUGGAUAUGUCGCGCAACUUCGCCAAGAUUAAUCUGGAUUCCGAUCAUGAUCUUCUGGUACGCUUGUUGAUUGAAUUCGGUUUCAAAGCCAUCGAAAGUCUGGAAUCAUGCCGUGCCUUCCUGAACGGCAUCAGUGUGGACCAUGUUACGCCGGAAAGCGUAGCACGCUGUAUUGGAUUGCUCGCCAGUAUUGUCUCCUUAGAGGAUCUGUCCAAAGAAGAAGUUGAUUCCAUCGAAUUGGAUCAGAAUGUCCAGACGACGGGGUAUUACAUUAUGUGGUCUAGGUCGGAAAUGAAGAGCAUCCGCAAAGAAAUGAAAGAACGUGACCGAAAGCGGAUGGAGUUUUUUGUCACUGCAGUGUGCGAGAAGUGUCCAAGUCAGAACCAACAAGGGCUCAGUUGGAGAGAAGUGGUGUAUGAAAUGGAUCAUGAAGGCUUUUACGUUUACGAUCGCGCAGGUCUCCAGUUGGUUCUUUUCGGGUUGAUGCGAGGUUUACAUAGUACACCGUUCCCUAUUGAAUUGCUGUAUCGCCACUGGACCAACAACGAUGCUCAACUUGCCUGGUUCACGCAUGCAUUGAGAAAUCCUGAUGUAUUCUGCUUCUCAGAUUUUUCCUGUGAUCGUGCCGAUGUGCAGUUGUUGAAAUCUUAUCCUGAAGAAUACCGCCAGCGUGAGAUCCAGAUUUGGGCUUGUUUGGAUUUGGUUGAAACGUUGCUGUAUCUUGCCGACUCAGGCUUUUCGCAAGAAGUUUUAACCCUUAUGGAAGUUCCUGUUUUGCGCUGCCCGGAUCUACUUCUGGUGUCGUUACUGCAGCUCAGUCCAUCGACUUCCAUUGUUGCGUCCCGCACCAGACAGCAGCUUAUGCGGCUGUGUGUGCAGAAAUUCUUGUUUACGCACCCGAAUUCACAGACGUUACCACGAAAUGCACAAUUGCCCGCGGAUACGGUCAACAUUUUCUUGAUCAGCCUGCAGGACGCGUUGACUUUGCAGGGCAUCAGCUUUGACACCAUCCAGAAAAUCAUGAGUAUGUUGAACAAUGCCCCGAUAAUUGCAAAGCGUCCGAAUCCUCCGCCAAAUGUACUAAAACAGACUCCAUCACCGUCUGAUUCCGUACCUGUGAUUGGAAGUCUCCAACCAACACCGUCGCAUUUGGACAGCGUGAUGCCCUCCGUGUCGGACUCCAUCACUUCACCCGUUUACAAUCCCGGUGCUAUUGGUUCAACGGUAUUCCGCCAGACCAGUCUUGGACCUAUUGGGUCGUUCCCUACCGCAAAUACAGCCUUCUCUCCGCCACCGAGUGUUAAUUUGGGUGUGAUUGGGCAUCGAGACGUCAGCGCAUUGAUAGCGUCCAAGCCGUCAGCAUUUAGUCAACCUAUUAGUGCGAGCGAUCGCAUCAACCAAGGCAGUAGCGUUAUGUCGGCUGGAGCAAAUAACGAUUUGUACCGUGUCCUUCCGGAAGUGCAGAAAGCCUACCCAAAGGAAGUCGAAGCCGAAGUGUUCAAAUAUUUCCAGUCCAUGUUUGCCGGAACGAUUACGAUGGCGGCUCUGAUUGACAAGAUGCGCAGCUGGAAGGAAUCGACCUCGGAACACGACCGCUUAAUGUUUGACUGUACUCUGCGUGAUAUCUACGAAGAACAUCAGUGGCUGCAUCAGUAUCCCGAUAAAGAAUUCGAAAUCACGGCUCGGUUCUUUGGGAGUCUCAUUGAUAACCAGUUUUUGAGCUACAUGGGGUUGGGCAUUGCGUUACGGCAGCUGCUUGAUUUCCUUCGCAUGGGUCCGUCGCAUCGGCACUUCCGUUUUGCGGUGCUGGCCAUGGAUAUGUUCAAAGAGCGUCUGCAUGAGUAUUCCCAGUACUGCUUGCACGUUACGCAAACUCCCUUUUUUAAAGAUUUCCCGGCGUCUUUGAAAGAGUUUGUUAUUGCGGGAACGCAGGCGGAGAAACCCACUCAAGUACCACCCCAGAACCGACCAACCGUCCCCGUUGGUGCAAACGUCGCUGCUGGCGCAGUGAAACCAUCUGCAUCUCCUGUACCUCGUGCUCAGCAAGCAGGUAGUGACUCCGAUGAAUCAGAUACUGACGAUCUGCCGGUUGUAGUUCCUCCGGAAACGACGCGAGACCAAUUCAUAUUCCACUUCAACAAUAUGUCCAUGUCCAAUGUUAAGAGCAAAAUCGAUGAAAUUAAGGAAUUGUUGAAAGGAGAAGAAUCACAGCAGUACUUGCGCUGGGUGGCUGAAUACAUCGUAUUGAAGCGAGCGGGACAGGAACAUAAUUUUCAGUUGCUGUACUUCAAUUUCAUGCAACAGAUUGAAAUACCGCUUCUGUACAAGCUGACCCUGAAAGAAACCGUUCAGAAUAUCAAGCGCUUGCUGCGCACUGAGAAGUCUGCAGAUAAACUUAACGAACGAUCCGUUUUGAAGAAUUUGGGUGCCUGGUUGGGCUACAUGACUAUUGCUAUGAACCGGCCAAUCCGCUCCAAGGAUCUAGAUAUGAAAGCUUUGAUUGUGGAAGCAUAUCACAAGGGAUUGAAUGAGCUGCACUACGCGAUACCAUUAGUGACGAAGAUCCUCGGCCUGUGUCCAAAGAGCAAGCUGUUCAAUAAACAAAACCCGUGGAUUCGGACCAUCCUGGCUCUACUGGGAGCAGUGCAUGCGGAACCGGAAACGAAACUGAACCUGAAAUUUGAAGUCGAAGUUCUGGCGAAGAAUUUAGAGUUGAACGUUCCAGAUUUAGGUGAGUCGCCGCUCUUGAAGAACGAAGAGUAUGUGCGCUGGGUGAUGCAGCAUGGACAGCAGCUGUUCGGAGCGCCUUCGAAGCGUGGUAAGCAGAUGGCACUCCCGACAUCUGAUGGUCGUCCCGGCGAAACCGGUGGGCAGCAAGCGGGAUUAGUGGAAAUGCCAUCUUCUGUUACCCCCGUGCCCAUUGUUCAACCCGUCCAGCCUAGCGGCUUCCGAUUCCAUUAUCGCGAUCUCCAUCCACCGCAGUUUCAGAGUACCUAUCCGAAGAUCUUCUUCAACCCAGAUGCGACUAUCUUUCAGAAUGACAUGGCGAUUCGGAAUGCUCUGCGCAUCGGAGUGGAACGGACGCUGCAGGAAUUCCUGAUGCCUUGUGUCGAUCGGUGCAUGAGGAUUGUCGUGCCAGCGGCGCUGGUGAUUGUGCGGAAAGAUUUCAGUCUAGACGGUGAUCCGGAUCACGUCAGGCAGGCUGGAACCUACAUGGUUCGACAUCUGGCAUCGGGAUUAUCCUUUGCUACAAUGCGAGAACAUCUGCAUAAUGCGCUGGUCGUGAGCGCGAAAAACCAGAUUCUGUCAAUGUCAAAUAUCCGGAAUUUGUCGGAAGACCAGCAGCGUAUUGUGACCAAUGCUUGCGAAAUCUUUGCCAAAGAUAACCUGGAGCUCUGUUCAGCAUUCUUGCAGAAAGCCGCAGCCGAACGAUGUGUUAUGGAAAUCACCAAAACUUUGCAGGACGAGUCCAAGAGGCGAAGUGAUGCAAAACAAGAAGGAAAAAUGUGGUACGACGAGGAAGAAGCUAAACUUCAGCGGGAACGUAUGCCGGUGAUUCUUCGAAUGGAACCGGGUGGUGAAAUUCGCGAACAACAGUUAGCUGUGUAUGAACACUUUGCCAAAAACAUUCCUGGCUUCAUGACCGACGCGGAAUUGUUGCAACAAAAACAACAACAAAUGUACCGACAGCGUAUGAUGCAACAGCAACAACAACAGCAGCUGCAGCAUCAGUCCUUGCAACAAGCUGGGCAGAGGCCGCUGCCUCAAGAUGUGAAAGAAGAAGAUUUUAUUCUGCUGUGCGACACUGUGGCGCAAAAACUGCAAGGCCACGUGGGGAUCAUGUCGAACUUCAUUCCCAACGCAGCAGAUAAUCGUCAUUUACAGCUGAUUAUCGGCCUGAAAAAUAAGAUCCAAGACGGCCGAAAUAUGAUACGUAGCAGUGGUGCCCGACAGAUUAUUCACGAAAUUGUCUCCCACACAGUGGACACUAUGUUGGAUGGAUUGUCUCCGGAAGUAUUGCAGUCAACGAUUAAUCAGCAGGCUGCCGACCAUCACCCGGCUCCUGCGCAGGAUAUCGUUGUGCGCUUCAAGACGGUGUGCAUGGAGGUUCUUGUGCAGUUCCAGGGUGAAAAGGUCUUUGGUCCCUUGAUGAUCAUGCGGAUUAUCAUGCACACGCUGGUUAUGGACAAUGGAUCCCAUACGUUUCCCAACAUUAAACCAGGCGCAUUUGAGACAUUCAAUGUUUUAUUGAGAGGACGACUAAUUCUAGUUUCGGCGAUGGACAGCAUGCUGAGCAAAAUCAUCGAAUCGACCGCUAGCCGUGAUGCGGUAGGGCUGGCACAGAUGUUGAUCAGGACGUUCUGUGUGGAUGAGAAGAUGACGGGAGCGUUGAGCGAGAGUGACCUGUACUAUACCAUCGAAGCCGUCUGCCGCUUCUGCAGUCGCAACAACGACAUUCCAUUCGCCGUGCAUUUCCUAAUGGAUGAAGUUAAAGUUGAUCUGUCACCCGGCCGACGCUUCGACCAGCGUCGCGAUGUGCCUCCGGAGAACGGGGUUCUGGCUAUGGUUUUCCAUCAAGCAGUUGUUCAGGUGCGCGAUCUGGGUGAGUCGCCACCGAUUCGUGAAAAAGCGGAAAAUAUCCUGCGCGAAUGGUACACCAUGGUUAACGGACCGCACUUUGGUCCGGCCAUGCAAGCAAUCGAAAAAUCCAACGAAGCCAUGCCGCAGGCCAUGGAGUCCGUUCGCAUUGCCUACCAGAGGAUCCUUCCAGAGAUGCAAGUCUGCCUGAAGAACGACGAUCUGGCGACGCGAUUUUUCAAGACAUGUGUGGAAAUCUGCGCCCGUGACUGCUAUCGCAUGAUCGGGGAUCCGUCGGCUCCGACAAACACCUUGGCCCAGGAUCAGAUGCGGUUGAAAAUGGCUCCCAUGCUGGAUGCUCUGGCCCGACUGCUCGUGCUGAAUCUUCGAUUAGCCGGUGAAACCAACGUGGCCAUGAAAGUCAACUGGCUUCGCGAUCCGGCCAUGGGUACCUCGAAAAUUCUGGGUAUUAUAGCGGGUGUGAUGUUCCAUCAUCAAGAGACAUUCGAUAUGCAGUUUGUGGCAUACCCCUUCCACCGCAUCAUUUAUUCGUUUUUCAUGGAUCUGUUCAUUUCGGAGUUCAAGUUUUCCCAGAUUCAAGAACAGAUUAUGCUGGGAUUCUGCAAUUUCUACCACACUGUACGUCCGCAGAAACUGCCUGGUUUUACGCCGUCUUGGCUGGAGCUGGUAUUCCAUCGUGAUAUGAUUCGUCGUAUUAACGAGAUUCCUGAAAAAAAAGGGUGGGAAAUGUUCAUGCAGUUACUGGUUGAUAGCAUCAAAUUUGUUGCUCCAUUUGUGCGGAACCUUACUCUUAAUCGAGCGUUGUCCAUUGUCUUUCGGGCAUUGCUGCGAUUUUUGUAUACACUUCUCCACGAUUAUCCUGAGAUCCUUGCCGAGUACUACUGUGUUUUGGUCGACGUUAUCCCGUUGAAUUGUUUCAACAUGCGCAACGUGGUGCUGAGUGCGGCGCCGUUGGCAAUUGCCACGGAUGAUCCUUAUGCGGCUACCUUCAAGAUUGAAGAGCAGAAAGGCAUUGAAUACGCGCCACCCAAGAUUGUUACGCGCUAUCAUUUGUUCCUGCAGCCGAUUAGCUUCCGCAAUGAUCUGGAUUCUUACCUGAAUAGUCGAGCCCCGGUGACGUUUUUCGCCGAUCUGUUGGGACGUUUGGAGAUGUCGCGAGUGGCGGGUCAUCGCUAUCAUGUCCAGAUGUUGAAUGCUCUAGUCUUGUAUUUGGGGCAGCAGGCUGUCAAUACACUGAACAGUAAAAAUAUCCAAAUUAAUUCUACCAGCGUAGCACAUACCUCGCACAUGGAUAUCAUUCAGAACUUGGCAAUUAAUUUCGAUAACGAAGGCCGUUACCUCUUGGUUAAUGCCUUGGUUAACCAUUUACGCUAUCCGAAUCUCCAUACGCACUAUUACUAUUGUGUUGUGCUGCAUCUGUUCCGCGAUAUGUCCAAUCAUCCCCAUCUGCAGGAGCUGAUUGUCCGUGUAUUGAUCGAACGGAUCACUUCUCACCGACCGCAUCCAUGGGGACUGGUGGCGACAUGCAGUCAGUUGAUUCGCGGUCCAGAAUUUGGAUUUUUCGAAAAAGAUUUUGUUAAUUUUAAUGAUGACCUUUUCAAGUUACCGAUUUUUCGCGUGAUCGAAGGGCUACCGGCCAAUAAAAUGAAGCCGUUUUAUGAUGAGCAAAGCAACCGCGGUGACGCUGCUUCGGAGGGUUUGGACACUGAUAUUCGUCCAGUCGGUGGAUUCACUGCUGGCCACAUCAUGGACGGGCCGGGCAAGGAGUCCAUGGGGGUCGGCGGCUACCUUGGUGGCAGCGGAAUCGUUAAAGUUGAAUCAGAUUUUGAUUGAUAUUUUUGUUAAUUAUCGCCCGUAUGCACUUUCUGGUUCCUGUUUAUAAAACGUUGAUUCUCUGAAGCUGCAGUGGUAUGCGUUGGGUGCUGCUGAAAGGGUUCGUUUAGCUAAUUACGGCACAUCCGACACAGACGUUAUGCUUUUAUUCAUUAACACUACCUGUACAAUUGAUCAUUAAGGUUUUAAAUUUUUUUGGCGCAUGGUAAUGGUAUGAUGUUGCAGCGCAUAGAGAUUUGAGAACUCUUCUGUCGCGUUUCUUUUGUUUUAAUAAAACUGAAGAUAUAUU